GUUUAUUUAAAAUGAAUGUAGAAGAAUUAAUAAGUGAAGUUUUUUCUCGGCCGGCUUUGUGGGAUCAGAAAAAUAAAUGUUAUCAUAACCGUGUUUUAGUGGAAAAGCUAUGGAUGUCCGUUGCUUCAGAAAUGAAAAUACCAAGUAAGUUAGGAAGACUUAAAAAAAAAUGGAAGUAUUUACGCGAUCAAUUUCGAUGUGAAGUACGCAAAAUUCCAACUCCAAAAUCGGGGGAUGCCGCAUCACAAAUUACUUCGAAAAAUGGAAAAAAGACUGUAUUGGAUGAAGAUGAAGCAUUUUUUGUAACUCUUUUGCCGCAUAUUCGGAAGUUGGACCCAGAGAAUAAAUUUCUGUGUCGAAUGGAAAUGCAAAAUGUACUUUAUAAAUACGUGUAUGCAAAAGUUAAAAAUAUGCCCACACUGUCCAAUGAAACUUCAAGAUACGCGCCUUUGUCUUCACCAAUCAGCGUUUCUUCUGAAAGCUACCAGAUAAAUUCUUUAGACCUUAGCACAAUUCUUUGUUUUCAACCGAUCUCAUUUACCACAGUUGAAGGUACAAAUAUACCAUCAACUUCAUCAUCAUUGGUUCCAGACCAAAAUACAAUGGAAACUAUAAUUUAUUCAUCUUUAAAUUCUUCCUAA